AAAGCCGUCCCAGACGCAGCCGGCGGCGUCCCACACCCAGCGGCUCCUCAAGCAGGACAUAAAGUGGUAUUAAAUGGUCUAGACUAAGGGUGAACUGAGACUGAAAAUAUGGAUGGUUGAGAAUCUCCUCAGAGCUAAGACCCCUCGCUCAGGAAUUCAAGAAAGCCUUAUCCGGUAAACCUGGCAUCAACCUUGGGUGAAGUAAUAGCAAAGUGGAUCUGGAGAUCAAUAGCUAAAGAACAAUACGAAGAAAUUGAUCAGUGUGGUCUACAGAAAAGAUGUCUGGAAAGAAGGGUGAUAAGGAGGGUUGCUCUGCUCUUGAAUUGAUUGAUUUCAAGAAUGCUUUGGAGCAGUUCCAGAAUCUAGUUGAAAAAAUGAUCAUCCAAAAGACCGAGGAGAGUUCAGGCUUGUAUACUAAAGAUGAUGAUGAGAUAGAUUAUGAAAAGUUCUAUACAACAACACGAACACUUUUUGGUUCAGCAGUCAAGGAUCAGGAUAUUCAGGCCUUUUUCAGGAAGCUUAUGAGCAACCUUGAUGAAAGGCCAGAAUGGCUUGAGAUUUUUGGCUGUUUCAGAGGAGAAAAUGAUGGCAUGUUUUCCCCAUCGAAAGAAAGCAUGGUUUUGCUUGUAUCUGAAAAACAGCAGAUUACUCAUUCAGUUGUCAAGAGAAAAGAUGUGAUCAAGGGUAUAGUGAAGGUGCCCCUUCUGCAUCUCACAGUAACAGCCUCUCAGAGAGGAGUGCUAACUGUGUUUAGCAAACAGAGGAAGGUUCUGACAACCAUCAAUAUUGAAGAUACUGCUUGGAUCACUGGAUGUGAUUUCCUGCCUAAUCUGAAAUAUGUCGUGGCUGUAACUGAAAGCACAAUCAUUCUCUGGGACUAUAAAUCAAAAGAGAGCAAGAGUGAUGGCUUUGUCAUCAAACCAAUGAAAAACUGUCUGCUCUGUGUUUGUACGGUGACUGUGGCAGAUAACCUGGCUAAGGAUACCAUCUUAAUGGGAGAUGAUAAGGGUUAUGUUUAUCUGUUUACUAUCACCAGUGAUGACUUCAUAAUGAAACAAUCUAAAGCCGAAAAAGAAUCACAAUUUAAAGUCUUGGACUCUGAAUCUUUUGACAUUCCUAAACGCAAGCUACAUGAUGACUGGGUUGGGAGGAUUAAGUAUUUUUCUGCCCUAAAACGUUUUGGAUCCUGCUCCACAGACAGUACUAAUUCAUUUGUUUUGGAUGACAUAAAGCGAUUAGAGGACUAUUUACCUGUAAAGGAAUUUUCUGUCCCUGAAGGAGUAAAUGCCUUCACAUACUGUGGAAAAGCAAAAGUCAUUGUCACUGGAGGUAAUGACAGAAUCCUUCGUUUGUGGAAUCCUGUUGUUAAUUUUAGUCCUACGGGGAAACUAUUAGGACACAAACAUAGUAUUGUGGAAAUUGUGACAAAUGAAAAAGAUCAACAUGUUAUCAGCCUUUCCUGUGCAAAGGUUUUUAGAGUGUGGGAUAUACAGACUCUUUCACCGCUGCAGGUCUUCUAUGAAGAUCAUGGGACUCCGGAAGAGAUGAAUGCCUUUCCUAUGGUAUUUGACAAUGAUCAUGGCCUGCUUUUCACAGGUUCAGAUGUCAUUGAUAUUUAUCCCCUAGCUAAUGUGAUACAAGAUUCAAAAGUGUUACCUCAGACACAUGAGAAGAGCCUCAAUGUUCUGCUUUACAACAGGGCUUUUCACCAGAUUCUCAGCAUUUGCACUGAGUCAAUACUAAAGGUCUGGGACCUUGAAACAGGAUCUCAAAUAUAUCAAAUAGAAGAUGCACAUGGGCUGAAUACUGAGGUGACCUGUGCAGCCAUUGAAAGAAAUGGGGUUUAUCUUGCUACUGGGGCAUGUGAUGGAACAGUGAAAAUCUGGGAGUUUGAAAGCGGGCAAGAAGUUAAAGCCUUGUCUUUAGCGCAACACGGCGAUGAUGAGCAUCAUGUGCUGAAGAUAGUAUAUCUGAAGGCUGAUGAAGGUCAACAUGCAGUUAUUGUUUUGGAGCAGAGAGGGAAGAUAAAAAUCAUUCAGGGUGACUCAGCUCAAAGAGAUCUAUAUGUCACAUGGGUGCUUCCUGAGAUAGUGCCAUUUCCACGAAGGAAUCCAGUUGUGUAUCUGUCUCUGAAGCCUGCCUCCUUAAAAACACAAGAUUUUUUCCCAGAGAUUCGGCUUCUAUGUAAUACCAGUUGCAUGAAAAAUGAUACAGAGACUUUUUUAUCAUCUGUGGAUAUUAGGUGUUUUGAUGUUUUAAAAGUAGAAGGAGGCGGAUUGAUAGCUACAGGAAAUGCAAAUGGUGAAAUAAAUUUGUGGGAUUUUGAAUCUGCCUCUGUGAAAUGCCUGCAUAAAACUACUGAAGACAACCAGGGCUCUGGAGUCAAUGCCAUAUUAUUUCUUGUACAUAGUGUUUCCUCUUCCAGGAAAAGAAGUUCCCUGUCCCCUACUCCUUCUGUGAGGAGUGAUGCCAGUGCCAUUGCAGAGCAUAACGGGAGUUCUUUGGACCUACAUGAGAAAAAUGCAGAAAAUGAUGAAAUUAAUACUGAAAUAAAAACAGAAGAAACAACUAGGUGUACGGACACCCAAAAUCCAAAGAUGAAUGAACAGUUGUUGAAGGCUAGAGCAGGACUAUCACCUCUACUGGCUUCUGCUCAUGAAAGUAGCUGUAUCCGCCUAUGGAGUAUUCAGGGAAACUUGAUGAAAGAACUUCUGCCAUUUUCAGGACAUCCCUCAGGUCCUCUGACAGUACUGUGUACAGACAUCUUCACUAAAAUUCUUUUGACAGGCAGUAAAGAGGGAUAUAUUUUUCGCUGGAACAUGACCUCAUUCUUAGAAGAUUCGCGAAAUAGAAAAAAUGAAAUAAAGGAGGAGCUCUGCUGGAGGGCACAUGCUGCUGAAGUGGUUGACUUAUUUAUUGAAGAGGAGAAAAAUGUGGUAGUGACAGCAUCCAUUGAUGGUUCAGUCAGGCUUUGGCAUGCCAGGACUGGAUAUUAUUUUGGUUACUUUGGACAGGCCAAGAAGUUUGAAUUAACAGAUACCAGUCGGUUGAUUUUGCCUUCUGAUGUUAAUGAUUUUUCUGCUAUAAUUAAAGAGGAGAGCAAACAUAUGGAAAAGAAGAAGGUUAUAUAUCCUCUCAUGCUGGACAGAGACAAGUUGAAGUCACUGACCGGAUCACCUUCAGAUUUAGAAAAUGCUGGACAUGAGGAAGCAGUUCAUGGCUUCAAGUUUUUCAGAGCUCUGGCUCCUGAAAAGCUCCAACCUUUGGAAACUUUUGAGUUUGUAAGCAAAGAGGCUGGUGCAGUGUUUGGGUUUCUUCCGAUCUAUGAGCUUGAGAAUCCAAUUGAAGUGAGCAUGCCAAACAGUGAGUAUUGCAGAUGUUUAUUCCUCCUGUUCAACCUCAUGUCAGUAAUGUUUUGCUCAGACUGGAUUCUUUUAACCAGCCCCAAACCUACUGAUACCCAUCUGUCCAAAGCUUUGAGUAUUUUAAGGUAGUACUAUUUUAUGGGUAUUAAUGAUCUGAUCUAUUGCAAGUUGACUAGCAAAGCUUCUUAGAUUUUUCUUCUAUGGAGCAAGAUCAGAAUAUUCCACAGGCUUGUCUAUCCCACAUAUCAUAGGAUGAAAUUAAUCACCCCUAGCAAAGGUGCUGAUACCUUUCUGUUGAGGGUGCCUAGAGAACUGACUUGGAUCAGAGUUAGAUCCUACAUGACCCGUUAGAUGGGAUAAUAGGAUACUUUGCAUUCCAGCUCUGCAGUCCAAUACAUAUGACCUAAACCUUGUACAUGCAGCAUUACAGCAUGUCAGAAAAAACUCAGGAGCACAGUGUUCAAAUGGUUGGCACAUACGCUACUUUUCUGACCGUUAAUGUACUUUGGAAAUCUGUGUUUCAUUUUCUUCCUGAAAAAGAAAAUAAAAUACUCUGAAGCCAAUGGCAUUGCAGUGGAUUUACAACAAAAUUAAAUCAGACUUUUCUGUAAGCUAUGUGCAUAAAAAAAUAUUUUUUGUCUGUCCUGUUACAAAAUGCUAUCAAUCUGGUCU